CAGACGCCAAGCUGUUAGACUAGUAAGUAAUAUUAGCUGGCUGCUAAUAUAAUGAUACAUUUACACGUACAGCUGUCCUUGUUUAUGACAGUGGUAUUGGGACACUACUAUGUAAUAUUGCUUUAAGGCAUGGUCACAUGCAUCAUAUUAUUGUACGUACUACAUGUGUUCCUCUUUCUACAGAUGUGGACAUCAGUCAUGUGACAUUGCUUCUUUAUUUUCAGUGUCUACCAAAUCAAUCUGAGGAUUUCUGCAGGAACUUUCUGCCACAGAAAGAACAAAAUGCACCGAUACCAAUGGGAUUACUGUGGGUCUGGAUUUCACGUGAACCUGCUGCUGAUUCCACAUUAUAAAAAAUGUCUACUCAAUCUGAAAAGGAUCUUUCCUGUCCCGUCUGCCAUGACAUCUUCAAGGAUCCUGUUAUUCUGUCGUGUAGCCACAGCUUCUGUAAAGACUGUCUGCAGAGAUGGUGGAGGGGGAAACAAACACACAAGUGUCCACUCUGUAAGAAGAUAUCUUUGUUGAGUGAUCCACCUUGUAACCUGGCAUUAAAGAACCUGUGUGAGACCUUCUUGCUGGGGGGAGAUCAGAGAGCUUCAGAGGCUCUCUGCAGUCUGCACUCCGAGAAGCUCAAACUCUUUGGCAUUUUGGAUCAUCGGCAACCGGUGUGUCUCGUCUGCAGAGAUUCAGAAACACACACUGACCACAGAUUCAAACCCAUCAAGGAAUUUGCACUGGAUCACAGAAAGGUGCUUCAGAAAUCCCUGAAGCUCUUACAGGAGAAACUGAAGCUCUAUGAACAAGUUAAAGGAAACUGUGAUCAGACAGCAGAGCACAUAAAGGUCCAGGCCCAACACACAGAGAGGCAGAUUAAGGAGCAGUUUGAGAAGCUUCACAAGUUUCUAGAGGAGGAAGAGGAGACGAGGAUCUCUGCUCUGAGGGAGGAAGAGGAGCAGAAGAGUCAGAUGAUGAAGGAGAAGAUGGAGUCUCUAAGCAGAGAGAUAGCAGCUCUUUCAGACACAGUCAGAGCCACAGAGGAGGAGCUGAAAGCUGAAGAUGUUGCAUUCCUGCUGAACUAUAAGGCUACAGUGGAAAGAGUCCAGCAGCGCCCCCUGCUGGAUAAUCCAAAGCUGCCCUCAGGAGCUCUCAUAGACAAGGCCAAACAUCUAGGCAACCUGGUCUUCCACGUCUGGAACAAGAUGAAGGACAUGGUCUCCUACACUGCUGUGAUUCUGGAUCCAAACACUGCCAACCCAAAACUGCUCCUGUCUGAUGAUAUGACCAGCGUGAGACAUGGAGAGAGACAGAAACUUCCUGAAAACCCAGAGAGGAUUGAAAUGCACCCCUGUGUCCUGAGCUCUGACGGCUUUACCUCAGGCACUCACAGCUGGGCUGUUGAGGUUAAAAAUGAUACAUUUUGGGCUUUAGGUGUCCUACAGGAGUCUGUCCGGAGAAAGGAACAAAUACUGACUGGAUACUGGGAAAUAUGUCUCCUUGAUGGAAAAUACAUGGCAGUCUCUCCACCUCAGCCAAGUAAAGUUCUUUCAGUGAAGAAGCUCCAGAGGAUCCGAGUUCAUCUGGACUGGAACAAAGGGAAACUGUCAUUCUACGACCUUGAUACGAACUCACACAUACACACCUUCAAACACACCUUCACUGACAGGCUGUUUGCACACAUCAGCAGCUGGAAUGACCGCCCACUGAAGAUACUGUCUGAGACAGUCUCUGUAACAACAAAACAGAUCCAGCAUUAACAGACUUAUGGCCUGGUUUCCAGUAUUAGCUAAGCAUGCUGUAUAUUAUAACUACAUGUUUGCAGAGAUUUUGAAACAGAAAAAAAUGUUUUAUCUCAUUUGAAACUGUUGAUUGUUAAAGGAACAAUAUUUAAGAUACUGACUGUAUAAAAUAAAUAUAUAUGUGAAAAAAACAUGCUAUGUUCAUGACCAGAUACAUGGUAAAACAAAUGACCGUUAAAUGAAUGGACAGCCUAUACAUAAUGUCAACCUGAGGUUUAGGAAGAAUCAUUUUGAAGACGUGGAUCAUCAGUGGACCUCAAGUGGGCAGAAUGACGCCUGGGUGCUCAAAUAAGUCAUUUGUAAAGCCACCUACCUGUCAGUCAAAGUGACCACGCUGUCAAUUAUUUAUCAUCAAGCCUUAAUAUAAUAUAACAGGUGAGUUCUAUAAAAAUUCACCCUCAGUACAGUUGUCAUGAACGGGGAAAUUAGCUAUAGAGACCAAAACAGUUUUUUGUACCAGGCUGUAUUUGGACAUUUUAACAUGGGGACUUAUGGAGACUGACUCACUUUUGUAGCUAGCCUCAAGUGGUCGUUUGAGGAACUGCAGCUAUUGGCACUUCCAUGUUGGCUUUACUGGCCCACCCUACUUGGUAAACAUUCCUUCAGUUUGUAACAAAGACUUUCUAUUUGUAGUCUCCAAGCUCAAACAGAUAAUAUCCCAAUGACAUCACUGUGACAUCAUCAGGGUUAUUUUCCUAAUACACCUGUUUUCACGGGCUGAGGAGAACAAACCUUCACCAGUAAACUGACCUUUGGAGGGACAAGAAAGAAAGAGACGAGAUGUGGAUAUGGUCAGUAGAUUAUAUUAUUCUCUUAAAAAAAGACUUCAUUUCAAGAAUCGACUUCAUUCAUUCACACAGUCAAAGUUUUAACAUGUUCAGUGUUCAUCACUAACUGCAUAACAACAUAGAUCCACUGCAUUCUGCCCAUCAGUUUUGAGUUCAGAGAUCAGUUUCGUUGAAUAUCUGGACAGACGGACACCUGACCUCACCUGCUGCAUGUGUCCACGGUCAGUAACAAGUCAAAUGUAGAAGACACAUCAAAACCUCUGUGCAUGGACACCUUUGGUGACAAGCUCAUUAAUUUGUUGAAUUCAUAACGUCUGAUGUUAAAUUUGGCAACAUUAGUCUGUCGGUCCAACAUGAAAGGAUCACCAUGAAAUUUGGUUUGGAAAUUCAUGGUCCCCAAAGGAUGAAGCCCAAUAAGUUUAGUGAUCCUCGGACAGUUUAGUUCACGACAAAGAUACAAUCCAAUAGGUGGAUGCUGGGUACAGCUGAGAUUAUUUAGUGUUUAUGCUGAUAAACAUUGAGAGAGCUGGGUCUGAAAUGGCCUAAAAUGGCACCGUACAGAAGAUUUUUGAUUUGGAGAUCAAAAUUACUUUAACUGUUGCUACAACCUUGGGACGAAUUUUACAUUUUUAGCCCCACCAGUGUAAGUUGUUCGAUAUUUCAUCUCAUAUCCUGGUUCAGUUUCCUGGUGUGUAAUAAACGGGACUCAAAGUUUUAAAUGUUUUGGAUAUUUUCCCAAAGGACAGAUGCAAUUGAAUCUGAAAAAUAAAUCCACUUUAUGUUCUGACAAACAAAGAGCAGUGCUUCAUUGUCUUCAGUAACCACACCCAAUGGUGAUGUCAUAGUGUGCCAGAGUACACCUGUACAUCACCGCAGCAAGGUGAGAAGGUAACCCAGAGGA